UUUGUUACUACAAUGUGAAGGCGGGCGAAUUUAAAAAGUAGAGUCUGUUUGUGUUUACCCAAAGCGGCUAAGUUUUAUCUGUUUGUUGGUUAUUACUCCAUAUAACAACGUGUAAACGAAACAAACGCACGGCUCUGAUUGUUUGCGUCCUGCGAUCGUCGCGUUGUAAACUUCUCGAGUGUUUAUUGUGUUAGCUUGCUAGCUAGCAGCUGUCUGUUUUGUAUUCUGGAUCGGUGACGUUUUGCAAGAUGAGCACCAAAACCCCACGAUUAACGUCAAGGAAAAGCAGCGAUCAAAUCAUAAAGUCAAAUGGAAAGAGUCCAGCACGAAGGAGGUCCAGCAGAUUGUCUGCAAAUGAUGAGAAUCUGCCAUCUAAAGAGGUGGCUCCACCAGUGGCCAUGAAGCGGUCGAUCACUGUUCGGAAAAUUGCACCCAGGAAAACUCAGGCCUUGUCUAACAGCAACAAGGAGAAUGUGGAGAGAAUAUCUGAAGUGUCAUCAAAGCGCUCCAAAGUCUUGACAUCUUCGCCGGCCAUAUCAGCAGAGCCCAAGACAUCUGCCCUGUCUCCAAUCCUCCCGUCUUCAUCUCCUCCUCCUCAGCCUGCAGAAUCAGAACAGGACUCGGUUUGGUCGCAGAAAGUGCGGCGCUCCUAUAGUCGCCUCAGUAUGGGGGACAAAUCCUUCGAAAGUCCCAAACCUGCCCGUUCCUCUUCUCCACGCAACAGAGAGUCCCUGUUUGGUUUCGAGCGUCUUCAGACUCCAGAGGUGAUGCGGAAGACAGAAAGAUCUCGAAGCGCUCCUCUGGGCUCCAUGUCCCUCUCUGUGGGUUCUUUCAACAUCUCUGCUGCUGAUGAAAGCGCUUCUAACCCUCCAGAGGUUGAUCCAAACAUUCCUGGUGUGUGUCUGGGAAAAAAGACCACCAGGAGGAAGCGCGUUCAACAGAUAAAGAUGUCAGAGUUGGACGUUCUUGCUGCCCAGAUGAACGCUGAGUUCGAGGAAGCUGAAAGUUUUGAACUGUUUGUUGAAUGAAAUUUCCGAAAAACCGUCAUGUGCUCAGGACAUUGUUCAUUAUUCUUCCUCUCUGCCAAGUCUUGACGAUUUAACAAGCCUGUUUUAAGAGAUCAAACUGUUUCAGUUCUGCUUAGAUAUGAUUCAUUUCACAACGAUACAAGCAUCAUUCAGCCAUUUCACUUCCUGAAAAAGAAAAACUUUUAAUGUUUUACAGAUCUAAUGGAUCAGUUUGGUUAAAAUAAUUCAUCCAAUGCAUCUUUUUUUUAAACGUCUUCUGUUUCUCAUAUGUGCAUAUUGUUGAAGGAUGAUAUGUGAAUAAAUAGCAUUCUGGCAGAGUAAAGUUGUCAGAUUUAAAAGCGUAUGUUUUGGCGUAUAGAAAGUUUUUGAGAUAUUUUUAAAAAUGGCAGCAGAAGGGAUGAUCACACGAUGUAAGUCUCUUUGCAUAUUCAAUUGUCUAGAUAAGUUAUGUAGCUUAAUAUUUAUAUUUCAAAACAUAUUUACACUUGUGUGCUGUUGGGGAUGUUUUCAUUUACUGUGGGGUGAUUCUGAGGCUUAAUUUGCCCACAUCUUCCUCUGUUUCACAAUACACUGGGCAAAUUGACUACACUUUCAUUAUGUUUGUGGCUGUUUGUGCCCCAUUGACUUCUAUUAUAAUAGCAUUUUUUUGAUUGCAACGCCAUUACAUCAUAUUAUUAUGCAGUAUUUAUUGUUGGUGGUUUACCGUGUUGGGAAGAGGUAAAAUAGAUUUUUUUACUGUUGCUUAUCAGUUGAAGUGCAAAUAAAAGCUUCAUUUCUGCCUUUUAAAUGGAGUAUGGUUGGGUAACAGAGACCUUUGUGCACUUAUCAUGAUAUGUCAGAGAAACUCUAAUCAUUUCCGCUCUCAGAACAGCAAGUAUAUUCAUGCACGCUCAUAAUUUGCUGUUAUUCUCCAUAGAACUCCCUAUAAAAGCCAGGAACUUUUUUUGCACAGGCCUGUCUUAAGGGUUAAUGCUGCCAACUGAUGAUCAACAGUAAAGCUUACACAUUUUACCUCUUCCAAACAGAAAAACAGCAACAAUCCAGAAUGCAUGAUUAUAAACUACCUGACAAAAGUUUUGUUGUUGGCCCCAGUUGUAAGUGUAACAAAUUAUAACUUGACUACUAGUUGAUCUUUCAGAUGAAUCACCUGUUGAACUGCAUCCCAAUUAUCACAAAUACUGCAGAAGACCUACUGGAACCCACAUGGACACAAGAUUCUCACAGAAAUCAGUCAAGUUUGGUGAAGUAACCCCAAACUAUGAUUUUUCCAUUCAGUAUGGGGGCGUGCGAGAGAUUUUCAGAGUGGAUGGCAACAUCAACAGCCUGAGGUAUCAAGACAUUUGUGCUGCCCAUUACAUUACAAACCACAGGAGAGCAAAUUCUUCAGCAGGAUAGCGCUCCUCCUCAUACUUUAGCCUCCACAUCAAAGUUUCUGAAAGGAUUGGCCAGCCCAGUCACCAGACAUGAACAUUAUUGAGCGUUA